AAAAACCCCGGUCUCUUCGACGAGCUGAAAGAUGUCAGAACACAACGUGAAAUGCCACCUCUGCACCACGACAAACGCUCAAAAUGCCCUCGCCGAGUGUGCUCCAAUAAUCAGGCGCCACCCCAUGGACAUGACGUACACCCCUAUCUGCCCCAGGCGCCCCCCGCCCAGUAGCACCAUGAUCCCAAACUGUGGCUGCCCAGACCAGUCGCUGGACGACGAGUCGAUUUGCUGCUGCAUGCCGGAUGUCCUGGAAACCCGUGUACUCAGACGGCCUCAGACAUGCGUGAAAAUGCCCUGUAACUACUGCAUACCCGCCGUCCCUUGCCAGGACCCUCCUAAACCGUAAGAUGUAUAUAGAAAGCGGUACCACGUACAUUGCAUUUAAUACGUUAGUGUUACGAGACUAUCAUCAUGACAUGAAGUGGACACAUUUAUUGGAGACGCUUCUUGCAGGCUUUCUACGCCAAACAAUAAGUCCGGCCAGCACCAGAAAUCCAUUUGACCAAUGAUUUAUAUUAGUAUAUUGUUAUGCUUUUUUUUUAAAAAGUGGAGAAAUCGGUAUUCAUGUUAUCUGCAGCAGUUAGGGCGUAAUUAGGGUUAGUCGCGCCCGGGGUGGAACGCCCCCCUCCACACCACCCCUCCUACGCCAGCGAUCUGCAUUAGUGUUACAAUAGCUGAAUACCUGUGCAAAGCAUUUUGUAACUGUUGGUUCUAGUAUUAAUUUUGAAACCAUUUUAUGACGAUUGUGAAAUUAUGGUCAAUUUUUCACAGACAGUUAAUUUUACUUACUGAGCCACGUUCAACCUGUUCUCAUUUACAAUUAAUUUUAUGUUACCAUGAUUUCCAACCAAUCAACCACCACACUACCACCACCCAUACACCCUACCGCCACCACCACCCACAUAUACAUUUCUCUCUCCCUCCAGUCCUAAACCACUGGCUCGAGACCCCUUGUGUUUCGAUUGGACGGUUGACGAGCCUGGUCCCAAUGAUAGCUACGGUCACAAAGGUCUCAACUGGUACGACUGGAAGAUGGGGACACUCAUGGAAAUUAACUUCGAGGAAAAGCUGAACGAGACCUCUCACCCAGGUGCGCACGAUUUCAAUUCUUUGUUGGUACAGACCAGUGGCAGAGCCACAGUUACUGCCGGAACAGACCAGUGGCGUAGCCAGAGUUAUUGCCACCCGGGGCGGGUCAAGCUUUUUUUACCAACCCCUUCCCUGCAAAACAAUCUGCAGUGGGUCGAAAUUUCCGCCCUUCAAUAUAAGGACAAAAGUGCCACCCGGGGCGUAACGCCCCCUAACACCCCUUUCCUACGUCACUGGUACAGACUUGAGUUUAAAAACAUUUGAAUUAUUUUUAAACUCAUAUUUGAUCGUAUCAAUUAUGACUUACUAUAUAGCUCUAUACAACGGACGUUUUCCAUUAUCUUAAUAAGAUAAAAUAAAAUUCUUUAUUGAUCCAAAAAAAAAAUGGAUUAAAAAAAAAAAUUACAUUGUGCAUAUUCAUUUUCAGCGCAUAAAUAAAUACAUAUUUUUAACCCAGACAACAUUUUAUAGUUAUAACAAUUUAAACAGAAGACAUCUAAAUUAAUUCUCUAGCCUAGAAAUCGGCCAUAAAUGACACAAUUGACUUAAUUGGUUAUCAUUUAGAUUCGUUGAUCGCUGAGGCAGAACGCUGGUAAAUUCGUACAGACGUGGGAAAAGAUAAUUUUUUAUAUCUUUCGGUCCUAAAUUUUAUAGAAAGUAUUCGCACUCAUGCACCAGCUGUUAUUGUUUGCAACGUUUCAUGCAUUGACAAUGCAUUUUUUAAAAAAAAUAAAUUUUAUUUAAAGGGCAGUUAUCAAUGCUUUAAGGAAACUACACACGAUUGUUUUUGUUAUCCCCCCUUAAAUACAGUUUAAUUAAAUAGUUAUACAACGUUUUGAAUUCCGCGGUGGGCAAUUAAUCUUUGUUCAACCAGAGGACUAGCCACACAUGUGGCAACAAAAGUCUCUGCAGUGACAACAUUUCCUAACAUAACUCAUUUAUGUACUAUGUUAAACUGCUUAUUGGAGAAAUUAUAUUUUUAAAAUGAUUUUACUACCACGCAAUUAUCUAAAUUCCUUUCUAUAAUAAAUUUCGCAAUCUUUCUGUUGAACCAAAAUGUACAAACUAUGGUUUUAAAAUUCUUCAUAAAAAGUUAUUGAACAAAAAAAAAAUCAUGGUAAUUCCAGCCAAAGAUAAAUAAAAAGCGCAUUUUGGGGGAACCUUCAAAUAAGAAUGUACACCUAAAUGUAGAAUAAACAAAGAUUCAGACAGCUACACUUUUUUGUCCUGUGAUCAUUGGUCAACGUGAAGCCCACCACUGCUAUACACCAAUAAAUAUAACGAUAUUAUGCUCUCCACCCAGGCCUGAGCAACGCUCCAGUCCCCACGUCUAUCACAAAGUUGGUCUGUCAGCUGCCCGUCAUGUGCUACGCCAGGUCACCCGUUCCGUGUAAGACAUCGCCGUUCGCCACUGACGUCAACUACUUCCGGGACUGGAGGGCCUGUGAAGCCAAGCCGCCCCCGCCGUGGAAAGCACCCUACGCCCAGUGGGCCACCAAUCAGAAUCUUUAAAGGAACAUCGCUGGACAUCGAUCAGUUACACUGUUACAGUAACAUCAGCUAGUCCUACAUCACUGUAUAUCUAUCAGUUACACUGUUACUGCAACGCCAGCUAGUGCCACAGCACUGUACAUCUAUCAGUCACACUGUUACUGCAACGCCAGCUAGUGCCACAUCACUGUUCAUCUAUCAGUCACACUGUUACUGCAACGCCAGCUAGUGCCACAUCACUGUUCAUCUAUCAGUCACACUGUUACUGCAACGCCAGCUAGCGCCACAUCACUGUACAUCUAUCAGUCACACUGUUACUGUAACAUCAGCCAGUACUACGUCACUGUUCAUCUAUCAGUUACGGUGUCAGUGUAACAUCAGCUAAAUUCUAUGCCAUUGACCACAAUGACGACUUCAGUGAGAACUAUUUUUUUUUAAAACUCUGCAAAUGAAGUCUUUGAUUUCAAAUGAAAUAUGGGCAUGGAAUUUU